AUGGACCAAUUGAAGCCAAGUUCUACCAAUUCAAGCCCACUAACACCCAUCGGAUUCCUGGAGAGAGCAGCCACUGUCUAUGCCGAUUGCCCAUCAAUUGUUUAUAAUUCAGCCACCUAUUCUUGGUCGGAAACUUAUGUCAGGUGCUUGAAAUUGGCAUCUUCAAUUGUAUCGUUGGGAAUCAAGAGAGGCCAGGUGGUUUCUGUGUUGGCGCCAAAUGUCCCUGCCAUGUACGAGCUUCAUUUCGCCAUACCUAUGGCCGGCGCAGUUCUUAAUACCAUCAAUCUCCGCCUCGAUGCACGCACAAUCGCCGUCAUCCUCCGCCAUGCCGAAUCGAAGCUUGUGUUUGUUGAUUGUCAAUCAGAAUCUUUGGUUGUUGAGGCCUUGUCUUUAUUCCCACCGAAUUCUCAGCGUCCUCUUCUUGUUUUUAUAUCUGAUGAUGAAUUUAAAUCCCCUGAUUUAUAUAGGAAUUAUGAGGGCAUGGUCCAUGAUGGUGAUUCGAAUUUCAAUUGGGUACGCCCUGAAAGUGAAUUUGAUCCUUUAACGCUGAAUUACACCUCCGGAACCACCUCUUCGCCAAAAGGAGUAGUCCAUAGCCACCGUGGGGCAUUCAUUGUUUCAAUGGAUUCGUUGCACGGGUGGUCAGUGCCAAAAGAGCCGGUUUACCUGUGGACUCUGCCCAUGUUUCACGCCAAUGGCUGGAGCUACACAUGGGGGAUGGCAGCGGUGGGCGCCACCAACGUCUGCGUCCGGAAAUUUGAUGCGACUGUCAUUUACACCUUGAUACGUAAUCAUAAGGUAACCCACAUGAGUGGUGCACCCGUGGUGCUUAACAUGCUAUCAAAUGUUCCAGAUGGCAGUAAAACGCUAGAAAGCCCAGUUCACGUAUUAACAGCCGGAGCGCCGCCGCCAGCGGCGGUGCUGCUCCGAACUGAAUCGUUGGGGUUUAUUGUGACUCAUGGGUAUGGAUUGACGGAAACUGGAGGUCUGGUUAUCUGUUGCUCGUGGAAGCAGAAGUGGAACAAAUUGCCUGCAACCGAACGGGCCAGGCUCAAGGCCAGACAGGGAGUUAAGACUCCUGGAAUGGCUGAAGUUGAUGUGAUUGACCCUGAAUCAGAAAAGAGUGUCAAUCGGGAUGGCAAAAUGCUGGGUGAAGUUGUGCUGAGAGGAGGUUGUGUAAUGCUAGGAUACCUCAAAGACCCUCAAGGCACCUCAAAAUGCAUGAAGAAUGGAUGGUUUUACACAGGCGAUGUUGGUGUUAUGCACCCUGAUGGGUACUUGGAAAUCAAGGACAGAUCAAAGGAUGUCAUUAUUAGUGGUGGGGAGAAUUUGAGCAGUGUGGAGGUUGAAUCUGUUCUGUACACGCACCCGGCGAUCAACGAGGCUGCGGUGGUGGCGCGGCCGGAUGAAUUCUGGGGUGAAACGCCCUGCGCUUUUGUGAGCUUGAAAAUUGGGGUGAAGGAAAAGCUGACGGAAAAAGACGUGAUGGGGUUUUGCAGGGCAAAAUUGCCCCACUACAUGGUGCCAAAGACGGUUGUUUUCAAGGAUGAGCUUCCCAAGACGUUCACUGGAAAAAUUCAAAAGUUUGUGCUCAGAGAAAUGGCCAAGAAGAUGGGGUCGACCAAGACGAGUAGGCUCUAG